UUGAGACCCUCCGCCGCUAGAUGGACGCGUGGAGCAGCGGAGCUGGAAGAAUGCUGCUUUGAGGUCCGUCUAUAGGCGGCACGUACACCUCCGUCCUGCGCCCUGGAGACGAGAUCCUCGGACGUCAUACGAUAAGGCUGGAGCAGAGCCAGAGCCCCGUUUGGAGCGGAGGACGUGCAUUCGAGCCAGGGCCCCUCCGUCUCCACAAGGCGCAGGAGGCGUGUCCCUCUCCCCCCCCUGCACUCCCCUUCAAAUACCUCUCUCCCUCUCCCUCACCCCUACACGCUGACGAGACUACAACCUGCUUCAGACGACGCCCCGCAGCCCGCGAGAUUUACGCCGAGAGCGGGGCCAAGUUCGUCGUGCGUAAUAUUCUCCUUAUUUCUCUCCUGAGAGGAAACUAUUGGGUUGUUGGUUUUUUUUUUUAUUAUUAUUAUUAUAGUCGAGCUGUGCGCUCGCGCUGCUCGCGGCAUCACCUCAGCAAUUAGAGAAGGGGUGCCAGCCAGAAGACGAAGAGGCGAAGGAGGAGGAGGAGGAGGAGGAGGAGAGGAAGGGCUGGUAGAGUAUCCAGAGCUGACGCGCAGAAAUAAACAAGAAGACACCCUGCGUGGAAGACGUCUCCGGCGGAGAGCGACCGAGAUCAUCAGCUGAGAUGUCGGAGGUGUCACAAGAGGAGAGACUCCAAGCCAUCGCUGAGAAAAGGAAGAAGCAGACAGAGAUUGAAAACAAGCGGAGGCAGCUGGAUGACGACCGGCGGCAGCUCCAGCAUCUCAAGUCGAAGGCACUGAGGGAGCGCUGGUUGUUAGAUGGAGCUCCGGCGGAGGAGGAGACUCAGAAGCGCCUGCACGAGGACGAGGUGAAGACCAAACUGCUGGAGCAGGUCAUCUUCAGGCUGGAACAGGAGAUUGAAGAGUUAGAGACAGGCGUACCAGCCAAUAAGGGUGUGGCCAAAGAAAAUGGAGGUGAAAACGGGGUAGUGCAGGGUUCUGGUCAGACCCCCAAGAGGGAGGUGACAGGGAUUGAAGCUAAACUGCUGGGCCCCAGUCCCGACCAAGCUAGUGCAGACAACCCAGUCACCCUCGUGUUCAUGGGCUAUAAGACCGUGGAGGAGGAGCAGGAGACCCGCACGGCCCUGGGGAUGGAAGGCGUGGACGGCAACGUCAAGGCCGAGUUCGUCGUCAUCGAGGACGGGGAGGGGAAAGCCGGCGGGGACGCGGCGGCGGGCGAGCAGGCUCCGCCCAACGGCAGCAUGGUGGAGAAGGAGAAGGCCAACGGCGGCGGCGAGGAGGGCGAGAAGGAGAAGGGCAAGAAACAGACCUGCAAAUGCUGCACGGUCAUGUGAGCGGAGUGUGUGCGUGGGUGAGUACACGCCUGCGUCCGUGCGUGGCAGAUGUGUGCAACCGUAUCUGUGAGGGGGGAGUGUGUGUGUGUGUGUGUGUGUGUGUGUGUGUGUGUGUGUGUGUGUGUGUGUGUGUGUGUGUGUGUGUGUGUGUGUGCGUAUGCGUGUGUGUGUGUGUGUGUCUGUGUGUGUGUGUGUGUGCACGCGUGUGAUCGUCAGGACUGGUGAUAUGAAAAAAAAAGCUGAGGUAUAGUUACACAGCCAACACACCAACAAUGAGAGCUAAUUCAAGCUCCAGCUAUGACAACAAGAACCACAAAGACUCAUAAGUACAUUUUACUCUGUAUACUUUCACUGAUAUGUAUUUGACUUUUGAUUUCUAUUGAUAUUUUUCUAUUUUUCUGUCUUGACAUUUCUAUUGUACUCAGUAAGUAUAUCUUUAUUAUGGGACUGUGUACUGUACGUUCAUUGUUAUUAUGGUUGGAAAAAAAGAAAAAUGUAUUAGCUCUCUGCUACCCACUGGGACAAAUCUGGAAAUUUAAACUCACCUCAAGUCAAAAACACGCAAUUUAUGAGGGACACAGAUACUCAAAUAUAUAUAUAGCUCUGUGUAGGCAUACCAACUAUUUAUCUGUCAAUUUCAUAUUGCAAUAUUGUCUAAGAUAUUAUUUUAAAUAGUAUUUUAAUAUAUUGAUAUGAAAUUAUGUUUUAUACAAUGUAUUUAUUGUUUUGGUUCUCUUCAUCGUCUCCAACCAUUUACUGCAUGUAAGCUUGUAAGCACUACCACAUUUGCAAUCACAAUCUCGACAAGUGUCUCUGCUUUGUCAGGAUCAUAUACGAUCCUGUCUUUCUUCAAGUCUUUCUAUCGGUAACCUUAAAUAUAACCGGCAGUGUUAGAGAUAUGCAUCAGGUUGUAAAAGAGGUCUGCAGCUCGGAGCAGAGACCAUUCGGAGCACUGACCACGUUAGCUUGUCAUAGAUACUGUAUGUGACACAUGUACAUGACGUUCACAGCUUUAGCAUCUUUUAAAUAAGAUGGAUAGACUUAAUUUGUGAGCAGCAAAUUAAGGGUCACGAUAAAUCACAGCGCAAUGAUUAGAAAUGUUUAGGUAACUAUGUCUUUCAACAGUGAAAUCAAUGUAAAUCUUAUGAGGUAGCACUGCAUGACGCCUUGCAACUUUUAUCACUGUCUUGUCAUGUGUUAGGUCAUUUAUUAUGCCUAUCUCAUGUUCAUGUGAAUGUAGAUCCAGGGGUUAAAUUGGGAUUCACUCCGACGAGGUGAGAGGAGACAGGCUGAGGUCAUCGUUACAAACCCCUUCUGUUUCCUUAUGAACCAAAUAAAGUCUCAUGAUACUGUAAUUCCCCUGUGUGUUGGUCGGCUGCUGGUUUCUGUCCUACUCGCUCCCAGUUUAACCCCUGUCAGUUGGUCUGUAGACCAGGGCCCAAUAGUACUUGAAUAGCUACAGGAAAUUUAAAAACUUUGGAACAUUUGAACCCACUUUCGCAUAAAGAAGCAAGUUUUGUGUAAGAGAAAGUGCAUCUUGGCAACAUUUGACAAUUCGGGGCCCUAAAAGCAAAUAGAAAUACAUUUAGGCCCUAGUCUGUGACUGUGGAAAGUCUGACUCAUUAAUGUACUGAAUGUGGCCGUGCUUCUGCUCCCCCCAAGGCUGGUCCAUGUCCCUGAUUCAUCUACGUAUCAUUACAUUGAACAUCAUCCAACACAUGUAGCCCCACCUUCUACGCUUGGAGACCCGGUUCAAAAACGACCUCUGAAGCUGGUGCUAACCCUGAGUUUUGUCUGCCACACCACACUCCAUUCGCUAUUCAUUUAGCAUGUUCCCUCUGACUUCCUUGCAUCAGUGGGGGGGUGCAGGAGUCUCCGGCCUCCUGCAUACACUUGACGAAUAACACUUGACGAGUCUUUGCAGCCCUCGGUGCCAGAGUCAUUCUCUCAAAUCCUGCCUGCAUUCAGCACCAGAGAGACGAUCCCUUCUAACAUUCCAAGGGGAGGGCAACAGACGUGGGCGGAUGAAAUAUAGUCUAUGCUUUCCACAUAUAUCUCCACUAGCUGUUGCAACUUUCUUUCUUAUACCAACUCAUGUUUUCUUUCCUCUGGCCUCUUUGCAAGGCAGUAUAUUGUAUUUGACGUGUGUAUUUUUUAAAAAUAUAGAUGACUACAUCUGUGUAUUGUUGGUGCCUUUGUCAGGUUCAGUUGGUUGGACUUGUCUGUGUGCCACCAUUCUUUCAGCCCAGGGUUUUUCUUGCUCUGCUCCUGGUUAUGAAGACCCACUGGAAACACUGCCUUCUGCCCUGGAGGGUCGCUACACAUUUUUACCAAUAACUACAAAGAAAUGCAGCUUAGGUUAUGGGUCAUAUGCGGACUGUUUAGGUGUCUUAAGAUAAAAUUUGUAUCCUCUCUUAGUAUAACAUUUUAAAGUUGAUGACAUAUCUUUUUUUAUUCCUUCAAUGCCUACCAUGCAAUUUUCUUUUUCAAAUGUUUAUGGUUAUUUACAGAAAUAUGCAUAAUGUAAAUUUGUUUAGCUACAGCUUGCUUGAUAUUGGGUCUCUGGGGCAGCAGCAGAAAAAGCAACCUUGUGGUAAACCAAUGCCUGUUCAUCUAUUCUGUGGUUGUCUAAAUGUUUAAUCUUGAAUAAAAAAAUAAUGUUUGUUUA